GUGUGGGGUUUGAAAAGGAAAAUAAUAAACAAAUAAAUAAAUAAAUAUUUUUAAUUAUAUGUAGGAUGGUUAUUAAUUAAUGAGAAAGUAGUGUAUAUGGUGGCAGAUAUGAACAUUGAAGAGGAGUGUAAUAAAAGAAGGGUGUUUCAGUUGGGUAGGUCUGAGUAGUUUUUUAUUUUAUUUUAUUUUUAUAAUAACAAUAAUAAUUAUAAUGCAUUCAACCCUUCUUUUCCUGAUUUAUCCUUCACUAGUCUUCACUACUCUUUUUCCUUUAUUUUCCUUUGCCUUGUCAAACUGUGCAACCCCCCAAAUCCAAAAAAAUAUAUAUAAGAGAAGAGAGAAGUUUAAUUUGAAUAUUGAAUCAAAUAUGAAACCAAACCAACGCAGGCAAUGAUGAUCUUGAUGCUGAAGGUCUAAGAGGGGGGAUUUAAUUGCUCUUCACCCACCUUUUCUUCCUCACCAUUAAGAUAGAGAGAGAGAGAGAGAGAGAGAGAGAGAGAGAGAGAGAGAGAGAGAGAGAGAGAAGAGAAGAGAAAGAAAUUUAAGUCUCUAUAGACAGAGAAAAAAGAGAGAGAGAAAGUGUUUGUUUGUAUACCAAAGGGGGGGAGUUUAUUGGGUUUUGUUAAAAGUCCUUUUCUUUUGUUUGUAUUGGUGUUAGCAAAAAAUCAUCAAGGAUUGGAGAAGGUUGAAAAAAAAAACACAAACAAAAGAGUCAGAUUCUUCUUAUUCUGAUCAUAUAUAGUUUUUUAACUAGUAAUGGAGAUUUCUUAAAUUUUGUUUGUUUCUAUCUUGUGUAUCUUUUUCUCUGUAAUAUUAUUGGCACUGAAUGAGAUAAUUAUAUAUAUUAUGGGUAUUCUUGCUGGAAGGAAGAGAGCUCUUCUUCUGUAUUAUUAUUAUGUUGUACCCUUAUUAUUAUUUUUAUUCUUUGUCCAAACAUUUUCACUUGUUUCGGCUCUAAACUACACCACCAAACAGCAAGUUAGUAGCUUGAGACUCGAUAGGAUUCGAAGGCACUUGGACAAGAUUAACAAGCCUCCUGUCAUCACCAUACCAAGCCCAGAUGGAGAUAUCAUUGAUUGUGUUCACAAGAGAAAACAACCAGCUUUAGACCAUCCUAAACUAAAGAAUCACAAGAUCCAGAAAGUAGCACCAGAAAUGCCAAAAUUUAAGAAGAAAAGGGAAGAAAAUGAUGAAAUGGGGAGUUCAUCAUCAUCAUCAUCAAAUAGUGGUAGUAGUAAUGAAGUGAAAGGUGCAAUGUUAAUGCAAAUGUGGCACACAAAUGGAACAAGAAGAUGCCCUAAAGGAACGGUCCCCAUUCGCCGGAGCACCACUCAUGAUGUCUUAAGAGCAAAGUCUUUGUUUGACUUUGGUAAGAAACAACGGAACACUAACUCUUUAUUGCAUCGCCGCCGUAGAGAAGACGCUCCAGAUGUUGUCAGUGGCAAUGGCCAUGAGCACGCGAUAGCGUACACAGGAUCAUCAGAAGAAGUGUACGGGGCAAAAGCGACCAUAAACGUGUGGGACCCAUCAAUCGAAGUGGUGAACGAGUUCAGUCUCUCUCAGAUUUGGGUUCUUUCGGGAUCAUUCGACGGCUCAGAUCUCAACAGCAUAGAAGCAGGAUGGCAGGUCAGUCCGGAGCUUUAUGGUGACAGCAGACCCAGAUUGUUCACUUAUUGGACGACGGAUUCGUAUCAAGCAACAGGGUGCUACAAUCUCCUCUGCGCAGGAUUUAUUCAAACAAAUAGCAGAAUAGCCAUUGGAGCUGCCAUAUCCCCAGUCUCUUCAUUUUCUACCAACCAAUACGAUGUAACCAUUUUGAUUUGGAAGGAUCCAAAGCUUGGAAAUUGGUGGAUGGGAUUUGGUGACAAUACCCUAGUAGGGUACUGGCCGGCUGAGCUAUUCACACACCUAGCAGAGCACGCCACCAUGGUGGAGUGGGGUGGCGAGGUGGUGAACUCAAGGCCGAAUGGCGAGCACACGUCGACACAGAUGGGUUCGGGGCACUUCGCAGAAGAUGGGUUUGGUAAAGCUAGCUAUUUUAGGAACCUUGAGGUGGUGGACUCGGACAACAGCCUCAGCUCGGUUAGAGGCAUCUCCACAUUGGCUGAGAAUACCAAUUGUUAUAACAUAAAGAGCUUCUACAAUGACCAAUGGGGCACUUACUUCUACUAUGGUGGACCUGGAAAAAAUCCACAAUGCCCAUGACUCUUAACAUUACUACUCCUAUUAUGUACAACUAUUAAUAUUUUUCAUUAUAUAUACAAUAUUUUCAUUAUUAUUGUCCUCUUUAAUCCUCAUCUUCUCUUACAUUGUAUAAUUAACUUUCCUAAUUUCAAAAAUUUCCAUUAUCAAAAUUCUUUAAUUCUGUAAUUAAAAAUGUUAUUUUCCUA